AUGGUCAAACUAGAAGAUCGGACAGACCAACCGCCCUAUGGCUCGCGAAGAACCUAUUGGGGAUCUUCCCACUGUGCCGCCCACACAAGUCUCUCCCAUGGGCCUCAAACAAUUUCCGCUACCGCCCGACAAGUCGACAACUCCUGCAGCCCCUCGUGUCGGUGCCGGUGCCAUAUCGGCAAGAAAUACGGUCAAUUCCGCAUUGCGCCCUUCCACAGCCUCUUUGGAUCAAUAUCCAUUAUCUUCUUCGGCUGGAGGCUCAUGGGUCCCCGCUGCAAUAUACUCUCCUGCCAUAAGAUACGCAUGAAGCUAAUGGAAGUUACCUACUCAACACCACUAAAGCCCCUGGGCAUCUCUAUUGUUGCCUCAGCGCGGUUCUAUGACGGCACGCCAAGCAUAGGGAUUAGCCUGGGCCCGACAGUAAACAUUAUAAACGAGCAAGACUACCGGAGUAUCUUCCCUUGUGUCCGGGGUCUGAAGCUCCUAGAACUUAAGAAGAUGCUCCAGAGGCGGCCUGGGGCGAUAAUAGAUGUCUCGCACCGCCAGGGCUUCUCAUCUCUGCACUAUGCCUUUGAACUUGGUAGUGUUGAGGCCAUCAAAGUCCUGCUUGCCGCGGGGUCAGAUCCCUUCCACGAGGACCAUUGGGGAAUGCCGGCGAUGUUCGACGCCUUCGUGCGCAUGCUAGGGCCGGCUAAAUGCUCCGCGUCAAUCCAAACCAAGGACAAAGCCGAGCUGGAGAAGGCUUUGCCCUUCUCAGUCUUCUUUGAUGACUACAAUUUUACGCACCUCCACCGUGUCGUCGUCGGGGCUCGACCGCUGAGAAUUGAAGCAGCACUAAGCAUGGGUUUACAUGCAGGUGACAUAAACGCCCAAGACGAUAUGGGCAUGACGCCCCUUCACUGGGCAGCGUUGAAAGAUGACGUGGAAGCCGUCUCUGCGCUUCUAGCAGCGGGUGCAGACUUCACCAUCCGUAAUAAACGUGGCAAGACCGCACUGUGGAAAGCUUGUCUUAAUAACGCCUAUGCCUCUGCAGUUCAACUCCUUGCUUUCGGUGCGGAUGUUAAUGCCGGCAGUAAUUAUGGCUAUAUGCCUAUCCAUGGUGCUGCGAAGUCUAAUGCAUCAGAUGAACUUCUCUCACUGCUUCUAGAACACGGCGCAGAGUUGGACGACGCACGGAACAGCUUCGACCGCACACCGCUGAACCGCGCUAUCUCGUGUGACAUCGCUCAGAGCUGUGCGUUUCUCUUAGACCGCGGCGCCAACAUAAAUCGACUGAAUCGAGAGGGUGAUACCCCCAUAUUUGAGGGAGUGAAGAAGAACGCGCACGCGUGCCUUGAGCUGCUGAUUUCACGGGGAGCGGAAUAUCACCAUGUGAGGGUGAAGCAGACAGUGCUGCAUGUUGCUGCUAUGAGAGGAGAUCGGCGGACGUUUGAGAUAUUGAUGGCGGCGGAAAUAGAGGGAGUGGAUGUUAAUGCGAGAGAUGGAGAGGGAAUGACUGCAAGGGGGUUGUUUGCUAGGCGGGUGGGGGUUCCAGCCGAGACUAUCGCGGCUUUUAACCAUUUGUUGGUCAGUUUGAAUCCAAAGGGAAUAGAGGAAAGCGAUGAGGAGAAGUUUAGUGAUGCGGUAGAAUACCUGGAAUAA